AGAAGAUCAGAAUAAACUAAUGGAAACUAUGGUGAUGAAUUCCAAGCUGGAGGAUGCGAAUGUGCGCUUUGAGUAUCAGAUUGAAGAUUACAAAGACAAAAUUGCAGAUUUGGAAGAUCUACUUGGUAGUCAAAGGGCGGCUCUUCAACGUAAAUCAAAGGAAGUGAUGGAGGCACAGUAUGAGAUCAGACUUCUUUCAGAGAAGGUGGCUGUAAUGAAUGAAGUUGAUGGAGGACCUAAGAAGAAUCUGAUAAUGUGUGGUGGGAAACCUUCUGUCAACCUAGUGUUGCAUGAAACAGACUCACACUCUCAAGAGCUGCCAUCACCUGGUGAUAGUAUUGUUCUAGAGCAACUAAGCAGGCUUAACAACGAAAUGCAGAAUGCUCUGAAUCAGUGUGAAGCUCUUGAAAGUGAAAUGACUUCACUGAUGGAUGAAAACUUGGUGUUGCGACGGGAACGGGAUGCUGCAGUUGAGCUGACUCGGUCUCUGCUCUCACAGGUACGAACUGCAGAGUCUGAAAAAGCAAAAUCAGUUAUGGUAAUUGAAUCACAAGCCAAAGAACUUGAAGACGUGAAGGAAGAAAGAAAGAAGCUUAAGCAAGAACUAGCUGACAAAGCACUGAUGGCAACUGAUGAUGAUGCGGAAUACACAGACGAUGAUCUGGACGAUGCAUGUGGUUCACUGAGUGAAGACGAUGAGAAUCAUACAUUGACAGAUCAGCAGAAGUCUGUGGUAGAAGCUGAAGAAGUUGCUGAGCACACAGUGGAUCAGAUCAGUGAAAAUAUUGUUUCUGGAGAGCAGUUAAACAACGUGAGUGAGGAUGUAGACCCAGUGUACAAACGGAGGACUGUUCGACUAGAAAGUGUGGACGAGGAGGAGGAGGAAACUGUGAUUGAGGAAGAUAACAAGCUUGUUGCACUUGCUACAGAUGCAUCAGCUCUUGAAGCAGCAGCUGACAAUACACAUUUAAAUGGUUUUGUCACCUCUGAAUUGCGUGAAAAUAUAUCUCCAGCCCUUGUAAAUGAUAUUCAUCGAGUUGAAGGGAGUUGUACGGAUGAGGACAGUAUGAGGACAAGUGACUUGCCAAUCAUGAGUAUGUCUUCAACAUCUACAUUUAGUACCAGUGCUAACGAAUCGAUUGCAAGGCAGUGGGAUGUGAUCAGUGUUCGUCAUCCAGCUGUUGCAAGGUCACAAGCCACAUUACGGAGAACCAGUUCGGCUCCUAUCGAAUGGGUUGGACCAUUGCCGUCUAAUCUAACUUUGAGGAAGUUACGUGAAAUGAAAAAAUCAAUGUCAACUGUUCAGUACUGCUUAGCCAAAGCAUUUGUCACAUUUAGUGCAUUGUUUGGAAUACAUCUCCAGCCAUCGCUUGAGGAUGAUAUAGAGAUAGUUCAAGAGCCAAGUAGAUGUGCAAUCUCAGAAGCCAGCCUUAAUAUCAGAUGGACAAGUGAGAAAAGUUCAAGAGCCGGUGUGGUGCUAUCAAGAGUUGUCAAGGAUAUAGCUACUAACCAUGCUGGCAGCAUGUCAUCGGAUGAUUCGUUUAUUGUGGUGUCCUGGCCUAAUGUUACAGUGGAGCCUUCCAUAACUCAUCUAAUACACUAUGAAGCUGUUCAAGGAGAAGACGUGCUCAGUUUAGAAGAAGGUGAAGUUCUACUGAGUCCAAUUGUUUACGUGAGUUCUGAUCAAAGAGAAUUCAAGCAAUCUUUGAGGGUGGAGGUUCCUCAUUGUGCUCUUAUCGACUCUGGAGGCUGGAAUAUAACACUUCUUCAAAACAAUCGUCUUCUAAGCCAGAAACCAGAAUGGAAGUCACUGGCAAUGUGGAGAUGGCCUUGUGUUGGAAGCAAUGAGAAGAACGAUUGUCAUCUAGGCUCUGAGUUGUUUCAAGUUGAUACUCGCCAUGCAUCUGCUUUUGCACUUAUAGGAAGGGCUGCUAUUGUUGGCGGGUGUGUGGAAGUGCCAUUGAAACGUGUGUCAUUGGCUGUGUUCUACUCAGUUCGUUCAUACCGUAAAAAUCGAGACACAAAAAUUGUUCAUCUGGUGGUGGCCUGUACCCCUGAUAUUUCAGAAUUUCAAAAGGGAGUAGAACUCAUUCAGAGUGAGGAUUACUACUACAUUUGUAGUCCGUGGACUCCUCUAGUUGUGUCUGGCAAUGGAUCUGAUUUGAUAGUAAAACUGGUUGGAAGUGCAGUUAAUUAUUCCUUUAUUGGAGACAAGGAAAAGGUGGUUCCUUUUGACAACUUUUGGUUUGGGUCAACUGCUUCAUUCGCAAGUUUAACGUUGGCAGUCGAGCAGUCAAUCCUAGAAGAGAUGCCAGUCAAUCUACUUGUGGGACAGAUUGGAAAAGUGGGGGAACACGAUGAACAACAGAUACAUGCAACCGUAGGAUUACAUCGGGAUGAUGCUCUUCCCUAUCGGUCCCACGUGACCAGUGUUUGGCGAAUUGUCUUACCCUACAAUGUGGCUGACAAGCUGGCGCAAUUGCUCGACCCUGAAGAACCACGUGGAAAUGACUGGCGUCAUGUUGCUCACGUUCUUGGUCUUGAUGCUGCAGAAAGAAGGGAGAUGGAGCGACUUGCAUAUCCAACUCAUUACAUCUUGUCACGACUGCCAUCUCUAGACGACAACAGGAACACGUUGCAAGGGCUUUUUGACGCUCUUUUCAGAACAGAACGCAGUGACGCAGUGGAGGUAAUUACAGACUGGUUGAGUGACAUGUAGGUACGUUUAGAGAAUUUGUUAGCUGAUCUUUGUAAUAUGUAUAUACUACACUUAUAAUGAUUGAUGUGUAUGGGACCAGCAAUAGAUAUAGAGGUAUACGUAUUUGGCAUACAAAAUUUUAGUGCUACAAUACAUUUUUGCUUUUUCUA